GCAGGGAGCCCCCCAGCCACGGUACAACCUGCGGUGUUGGCGCUGCGCUUGCCCGACGGAGGAAAGGUGACGCCAUGUUCUCUAAGUUGGCAGCCUGCUCGAUGGCGGCGGGCACGCCCGCGUUCUCCCCAAGCGGGAGGGAUGUCUACCUGCUCGGGGGAAGUGAUGAGCCGGCGGCGCCGUAUCUGGGCUUCGUUGCGGCUACCGCCAUGAGGACCCCUCUGCCUCAACCCCUGAACGUGCCAGCUAUGGUGUCGUUCAUUGCUGCACCCAAAGAAGGGAAAGGCAAAGACCUGACUCUAGCCCAGUCCUUCCUUGUCGACUUGUUAGCUGGUGGUGUAUCUGGUGGAAUUUCGAAGACUGUCGUGGCGCCUAUCGAGCGCGCGGAGCGCCAAUUCACGGGCCUGGGGAAUUGCAUCUCCACCAUUUACAAGAGUGAUGGUUUCAAGGGACUGUACCAAGGAUUCGGUGUGUCGGUGCAGGGUAUCAUUGUGUACCGCGCGGCGUUUUUUGGAGGCUUCGACACGACAAAGAGCGUUUUCCUGACGGAUCCAAAGAACGCGCCAGUGUGGCAGAAGUGGGCUAUCGCCCAGACUGUCACAGCUGGUGCCGGCAUAGUGUCUUAUCCGUUUGAUACUGUUCGCCGACGGCUUAUGAUGCAGUGCGAGCAAAUGUACUCCGGUACGCUCGACUGCUGGAGAAAGAUCAUGAGCAACGAGGGGCCGAAGGCUUUCUUCAAGGGAGCGUGGUCGAAUGUCAUUCGUGGCGCGGGUGGGGCGCUCGUGCUUGUUCUUUAUGACGAGAUUCAAAAGUCGGUUAAGGGCUAGGAAGUGGAAACACACACCCUGGGAAGGGGGUGGAACACAUGGCGGAAGAGGGGCGUAAGAAGACCG